AGUGUAUCUGUGUCUCAAAUGUAUAAGCACUGUACUCCUUGCAAUGCAGCACCUCGUCCGUAGGCGACAAAACCCCCUUCACGUACUAUCUAGGGUUUCAGAUGAUCACCCAAUUUCCCGACUAAUUUCGCUCAUUUUUCGCUUAACAGGAAAGGAAAAGCCAUGAGCAAUGCCCGGAAAAGAUCCCAUGGUGGAGAUUCGUCCUCUUCUUCAUCAUCUAAGAUUGACCCAAGUAGAAAGCGCCACCACAAUCACCAUAUUUCGACGGCCCCUAAUUUCCAGACAGAUAAUCAUGUUACCCCACAUCGGAAUUCCCAUCAGCAAGUAAUGGUUAAGCGCUCAAGCUUCAUUUCGUACAGUGAAGUAUCCUCUUUGCCGCCAAAGGUGAAAAUUUUGUGCGAAAUCGUAGCUAGAACGCCCGCUGUGACUGUGGAGAGGGUUCUUGAAGAUACGGGCAUCCGGGUUUCUGAAGAAGAUGUGGAGGAGGUGCUUAAAUUAUCUUAUGGGUACCCAGGGUCCGCUGUGAAGUUUUUCCGGUGGUCCAGUUUCCAGUUGAAUAAGCAUAGCCCAUAUGCCUGGAACUUGGUUGUGGAUUUGUUGGGUAAGAAUUGCUUGUUUGAUGCAAUGUGGGAUGCUAUUAAAUCCAUGAAGAAAGAACAGUUGCUCUCUUUGGCUACUUUUGCAUCGGUAUUUAGUACUUAUGUGAUUGUCAAUCGCGUGCAAGAGGCCAUUUUGAGCUUUGAGGUUAUGGAUCAAUAUGGUGUUCCAAGAGACACUGUGGCGUUGAAUUCAUUGCUGCGUUCAAUGUGUAGGGAGGGAAAAACUCAACAGGCAAAGGACUAUUUGGGAAUUCUGAAAGACAAGAUCAGAGUGGAUGCAGAGACGUACGCAGUUUUGCUUGAGGGGUGGGAAAGAGAGGGAGAUGUAGGUAAAGCUAGGCAAACUUUCUCAGAAAUGGUGGUUGAUGUUGGAUGGGAUACGAGGAACAUGCCGGCUUAUGAUUCAUUUUUGUGUACCCUGCUUAAGGGUCCUGAUGGAAUGCAUGAAGUAAUAAAGUUUUUUGACACGAUGAGGGACAGGGGUUGCUAUCCUGGCAUGAAGUUUCUUAAAUUUUCAAUUGAUGAAUGUGUGAGGAAGAGUGAUCCAAAAUGUGCUAAAGUGUUUUGGGAGGCGAUGGUUCGGAAGAAUAUUUGUAAACCAGAUACAGUGAUGUAUAAAUCAUUAAUUUCCUUGUAUUGUAAUGUCAAGGAUUUUGAUUCGGCUGAGAAGUUACUAGAUGAGAUGGUUUAUAAUGGGGCAUUUCCUGAUUCUGAAACUUAUGGGUUACUGUUUCACUUUUUGAUCAAACAACGACGGCUAAGGGAUGCUACCCCAGUAUUUAAGGAGAUGGUGAAAAAUGAGUUUGUGCCUAUGCAAGAAGACUGCAGUGCAGCAGUUAAGACAUAUAUAGAUGCUGGGGAUCCUUAUAUGGGAAUCAAAGUGUGGAGAUGUAUGAUUGAAAAUUAUACUUCUGAUUUGGAUGAAACUGGUAAUUUGUUGGUUGUGGGGCUUCGGGACAUGAAUCGGAUUCCUGAAGCAGUCAAGUGUGCCGAGGACAUGAUUGAGCGAGGGAUCAAGUUGAACUCUGCCACACUUUCAAAGUUGAAACAGAGCCUAUCUAGAAUAGGGAAAGCAUUUGCUUAUGAGGAACUUUUACGUAAAUGGAAGAGUCAUUAAGUAAAUGCAAGUGAGCUUGUUAAUAUAGAUGUCAAUUGAAUACAUUUUUCAUAUUUCUUCCAUUUUGACGUGCUUAGUAUGCUGAUUGGCGAUUGCAUUUCUUCUUCUAUUAAAAAUUACCUUUGUGAUUAUGCAAGAUGAUGGUAGUCCUUACUUAUGUUUGCCUUGUCAUGCACUCUUUAGUGCCAUUGGCUAUUGUA